AUGGGGUUCAAAGAUGGUGAAAAACUUCGAUUUGAUAACAGAAUAGUUAUCAUUACUAGUGCUGAAGGAGAGCCCACAAAGGAGACUGUGGUCCUCAUAACGGAAGCUGGAGGGAAUGCAAUUGCGGCUUUUGGAUCUGUCGCUGACCGCAAAACAUGCGAGGCCAUUGUCACGACUGCCAUCAAGCAAUACAGACGUGUCGAUGUGCUCAUCAAAAAUGCCGGAAUUGAGAUCAAAAAGCCCUUCGAAGAUAUGACUGUUGAUGACCUCUCGCGUAUGCUCGAUGUACAUGUUAUGGGCAGCUGGCACCUGCCACAGCUUCUGUGGCCACACAUGAAAUUAGCAGGAUACGGCAAGAUAAUCAUGGUAUGCUCCAGCUCCCUAUUUGGUAUACCGUAUAAUAGUGCGUACGUCACCGCCAAAGGUGCACUUUAUGGGUUGAUGCGUUCCCUGUCAUACAAAGGAAGAGAAUUCGGUGUUAAAGUAAAUUGUCUUGUACCAGUGGCAUUCACGCAAAUGACCAAAGUUAUAGCUCAUGAAUUCCAAUGGAAUUUCGUAGCCCAGUCGAUGCCUGCAUGGACUACCUCGCCCGUCUGCGCCUGGCUGGCUCACGAAGCUAAUGACGAUACUGGCGAAAUGAUUUCCACAUAUGGGUGCAGUAUAGGUCGGAUGUUCUUUGCCGAAACGAAAGGAUUCUGCUGCGAAACUGGAGAACAUACCAUCGAAAUAGUGAAGAGCCACUAUGAAGCAGCGCGCGAUAAGGCUGGAUAUAUCGUCCCGACUUCUGUUGAAGAUGAAAAUAAGAGGUUAGAAGGAUAUAUUGAAUGCUACCCAAGAGAGGCCUUCAACCAUCUUUUCAUAACAGCUAGAAUUCUCUAGCAGUCUUCGUCCCCGAGAUGGAUAUCGUGGUCCGAAUGAUACCCUUAUAAUGAACAUCAUUAUUGGGAAUGUGCUAAAAUCAAUGAUGAAUGUGAAAAUUGUGUAUUACCCGCUGUUGUGACUCUCCUACCUUCGCUUCGCUUAUUGCUAUCUUCUGCGCAAUCCUCUCACACCUCGCACGAUCGAUGUCAGCCUUCUUCUUUGCCUAGAACAACUCUUCGUCUGGCCAAAGGCCUCUAAGGAAGAAGAAUAAACCUCCACCCCACCCCUACCCCGAUUUGGGAUAGCGAUCUUCGAGAAUUUGUAGUGUCUUCGUGACACGAUCGUCUUCAAUCACUCUCCGACUUUGGAGGUCAACACUGUG